AUGCUUGGUAAAUCAUCUGGUUUCACAGCUUUGAUAAAGAAAGAAAUUCCUGACAUUAUUAUUCAUUGCGUUCUUCAUCGGCACGCUUUGGCAUCUAAAACUUUACCAACGGAUCUAAAAGAGAUAAUGACAAUUACAGUUAAAAUUGUGAAUUUUAUCAGAGCUAGAGCAUUAAAUCACCGACUUUUCAAAGUUUUAUGUCAAAAAAUGGGAGCUGAACAUAAAGUUCUUCUCUAUCACACAGAAGUACGUUGGCUUUCCAGAGGACAAGUUGUGAAACGCGUGUAUGAACUUCGAGAAGAAAUUUCUUUUUUUUUAGUUGAAAGGCAAAGCUCACUUGUAAAACAUUUCAAUAAUAUUGAGUUCAUUCAUGGAUUGACAUAUUUAACAGAUAUUUUCAAUCAUUUGAACGAAGUAAAUACAUCGAUUCAAGGACGAGAAGUCAUAAUUAUGGACGCAUCCGAAAAAAUGAAUGCAUUUGUAAGUAAAAUUCCCUUGUGGAAAAGAAGAUUACAGUCAGAAAACUUAGCAAACUUUCCAACACUUGACCACGAACUUUCACAAAAUAAUAUUGUUUUAUCUGGUUCUAUACGUACACAAAUUUGUGAACACCUUGACGUUCUUGAAAAUUCAUUUGGUGAUUAUUUCAGUUCUNAAAGAUGAGUUAAUUGAUUUAAGAUCAAAAGAAAUGACACGGCAAGAUUUUCGAACAAAAAAUUUAAUCGAAUUUUGGUGUUUAUUGACAAAGGCUUAUCCGCUGGCUGUAUCCAGGGCAGUGAAAUUUUUGAUUCCAUUUGCCACUACAUAUCUCUGUGA